AUGCCCGUCCUCCCCCACAACCUCUUUACCCGCUCUACUGCUACCGCUAUCACCGAUGCCGCCACACCAGCCGCCUCCGGCCUCAGCAGCCGUCUCGGCGCCUGGUACCACACCGCGGGCCUCAGCGACACUGCCCGCGACCUCGCCCAGCGUGGCACAGCAGCCGCCCAAAGGGUACUCGAGAACGAGCAGCUCAAGGCCUAUGCCGACCACAGCGUAAAUGCUGCUCAGGACGCCGCCGUGUGGACCUCGGAGCUGAAGCUGGACCCGGGGUAUACGGCGGGGCUUGGACAGUGGGUGAGCGCGCUGUGGGCGUGGAUUGUGGCGGCGGUGGGCGGGGUGGGUGAGUGGUUUGCGGGGGCUGUGAGCGGGAUGGGUGGAUGGUUUGCGGGGAUUGCGGAGGCGAUGGGGCCGUUGUUUGAGAGCUUCUUGGGGUGGUGCAGUGGGCCGCAGGCGAUUAGGUUGAUGAUUAUCUGGGUAUCGAUUGUAGUUGUUGUGCAGCUGUUGGUGGUAGUUGUGGGGUUCGGGCCCGCGGGGGUUGUGGCAGGCAGUCUUGCGGCCGGGUUCCAGGCUUAUGCGUAUGGCGCAUUCACGCCCGCGGGCGGCUUCUUUGCGUUCUUCACGUCGAUGGGGAUGCUGGGGCUGAUGAUGCCGCUGGGACUGGCGGCGGGCGUGGUGCUCGCGACUCUUGUCACCAUCAUUUGCUUCCUUGCGGGAGUGGGGUUGUAG